AGUCUAGCACUGAAACAGGGUGUGGUCUUGAAACCAGCAAGGUCUGUUUUAGUGCCAUGGGGUUUAAAAUGAGUUGAAUGAUCCUAGCUAGUAUUUCUUGCUUCUCACUUUUACUCACUUUUCUCUGGUUUUCACUCUACUUUUCCAGUUUCUUGCCUGUGAGAGUUUCAGCUCUUGUUGGAUUUUUAGUAACUAUAUAAAUGUAUUGUUUGAGGACACCUGGAGGCUACCACCCACUGAGCAGCUUUGUAUAUAUUUAGUUUUCACCUGAUCACUCACUGGUGUUUCUGAUCUGUGGGAUUCUGUGGACUGAGGGCUGCCUGCUCUGGCUGUGCAGGAGUGAGUGCUGAGGACGUGUGCUCAGCAGAGAUUUAACAGAACAAAAAAGCAAGCAGUCACCAUGUUGCAAAAAGCUGUGUCACGCAUUUUACAAUUCCACAGUUAUCUACAUGCAAGAACUGAUGCCAGAGUCAGAGAUUACCCUCUAAUGCAGUGUCCCAUACAGAUGACCAGCAUCCUGCUAGCCUAUGUUGUCUUCUCGGUCUACAUCGGCCCUGGUUUGAUGGCAAACCGCAAACCUUUUCGCCUAAACACAGUCAUGAUUAUAUACAACCUUAGCAUGGUUUUACUGAAUGCCUACAUAGUCUAUGAGUUUAUGAUGUCUGGAUGGGCUACCACCUUCACAUGGAGAUGUGACCUUAUUGACCCCUCUAGCAGCCCACAGACUCUAAGGAUGAUUCAAGUUAGUUGGUGGUUUUAUUUUUCAAAAUACAUCGAACUCCUUGACACAGUUUUCUUUGUGCUGAGGAAGAAACAAAAUCAAAUCACAUUUCUUCAUGUAUUCCAUCACUCCUUCAUGCCCUGGACAUGGUGGUGGGGCAUCACUUUGACUCCUGCUGGAGGAAUGGGCACCUUCCAUGCCUUGGUCAAUGCAACUGUCCAUGUCAUCAUGUACUUCUACUACGGACUUUCUGCUGCAGGACCUCGCUUCCAGAAGUACCUAUGGUGGAAGAAGUACAUGACUGCCAUCCAGCUUACACAGUUUAUUCUGGUCUCCAUUCACAUCAGCCAGUAUUACUUCAUGGAGAAAUGUGACUAUCAGGUUCCCCUGUGGAUCCACCUGAUCUGGAUGUACGGAGUUUUCUUCUUCCUCCUCUUCUCCAACUUCUGGGUACAGGCCUACAUAAAGGGCAAACGGCUCCCUACAGCAGACAUGCCAAAACUGAAUGGUUCACUGGUUGAGACGAACAUUGUAGUGGCCAAUGGAAAACACUUGGCGAAUGGGAAUGCACACCACUAUACCAACAGCAAAAUCUUCUUGAGUAAAGUAAAGGAAAUAUAACUUAGAGUAGUGACUCUGGGAAAAAAGGAAGCUCAAUAGAACUAUCUUAAAUAUAUCAUUUAUGUCUAGCAGCAUACCAGAGUAGCACAGAUUCCAGUAUACUGCUGUUAAUCUACGAAACUUGUAUAUACACUGCCAGUCAAAUGUUAGGACACUUCCCCUAUUAAUUUCUAUGGGAUAGUGUCUUAACUUUUGGCAGGUAGUAUAAGUCUAGGCUUUUCUGAAAAUAUACAUAUAUUGCGCUGUGGCAGGGAUCUCUCCGUACCACAUUGUGUCUGUUAUUUGUUAUACAACACAUGAAAACGGGUGCUCAUUUUGUCACUGUUAGCAUUCCUCAAGUUUGACUUGCACUGUUUAAUUGGUGUGAUUCUGGUUGCUUAGGAGUAUUGCACACUGUUUCCACUGAAGACUGGCACAUGUAAAUAACUGCUUUAUAACAAAAGAUUUGCAUUGUAGAUGUUUCAUUUUUAUUUAUCUUUUGAAAUAAAGCCAUUUUAUAUAAAGGUCCAAUAUUUGGAAAGCAGUGUGCACUUUGUAAGGAAUAUGGCACACUAAACUUUCAAAAGAAAUUGGAUGAUGUUUAUACUGCUACUGUAUAUGCAUGUUCAUACAAGUCCAUUCUGCAACAUUAGUCCUUGGGUAGCAGAUGGACAAGUUCAAUUUUAAUGUUUGUGUGGAUGCAGUUUCUGCAUGUUGUGUAAAUCUAGAUCUGAAGCAUAAGUAUAGAAUGACUUGUUUGAUAUGACCAUGCACAUGUAUGGGCAACAGUGGGUAUUAUAGUAACUUUGUAAAGUUUAUUACAGAGGAUAAAAACCAAGCAAAUAUUGAGAAAACCCAUUUCCUUUUGGCAGAUGUCAAGAUCAAUCACUGGUAGAGGCAAAUAUAAAAUGACUGUCCUUAUUUGUAAACCCUUAAAUUUUGAAUCAAACUGAUUAUAGCUCUACAAUUUGCAACAAAGCACUGUUAAAACAUGACAACUUUGCCAGAAGCACAUACAGUAAACAAAGCAUUUAUUUGUAACCCAGUCCACUGUAUAUAAAGAUUCCUGAUUACAAUACAUUUCAAAAGCAUUAGUGCUUGGGAGCCACCAUUUACUUCACACUGGGAGACCAGUAAACAAUUGAGACAACUCAAUUAACAGGAGCAGCAAGAUGUCAGUUAUGCCUAAAACACUGGAUGGAAAGUCUUUAUUGUAGAUUAAAUAAAACAUUUGUAUAAAUUCAAUCAUAGACCAAAAAAA